CGAAAAUGUCCACCGAGGAGAGACAGGAAGCUACACCGCCCCCGCUCCAGGAGGCCCUGGCGGAGAACCCCCUAGAGGCGGAUGAUGCUCGUCAAGACAAUGAUUCGGCGUAUGCUGCCUCGGAAAAUUCGGCUAGCUAUCAGACAUCGCUAGCCUCAAGCAUCAUUAACUACAAAUAUGAAAAUGGACGUCGCUACCAUGCAUUCCGUGCGGGAACCUAUCUCCUGCCAAACGACGACACAGAGCAAGACCGCAUGGAUCUAGCACAUCAUAUUUCUCGACUCUUACUCGGCGGUGAGCUAUUCAGGGCACCUAUCUCCGAUAAUCCCCAGCGUGUCCUUGAUCUCGGCACCGGCACUGGAAUCUGGGCGAUGGACUUUGCCGACGAAUAUCCCUCCGCAGAGGUAAUUGGAACUGACCUCAGUCCCAUCCAGCCAAAAUGGACUCCUCCAAACUGCGCCUUUGAGGUGGAUGACUUUGAAGCAGAGUGGCUUUAUUCCAAGCCCUUUGACUUUAUCCACUCCCGUGAACUGGAAGGCUGUAUUAGCGACGAAGAUGCACUGUUCCGGCGUGCAUUCCAACACCUGAAACCAGGUGGCUACAUCGAGUUCCAGGCCGCGUACCCGCGCUGGCUCUCUGACGAUGGCACUGCAGAAAAGGCUGAGAACGCCCAAAGUUGGCUCAAGACUCUGAUUGACGGGUCCGCCAAGUUUGGAAAGCCUCUCGAGGGUGCUAUCGGCUGGAAGGAUAAGCUGGUGAAGGCAGGGUUUGUGGAUGUAAAGCAGGAGAUUUUCAAGAAGAUUCCUAUUGGUGCCUGGCCCAAGGAUCCGAAACUCAAGGAGGUUGGGAAAUAUCAGAUCAUCCAGCAGAUUCAAGCCGUCGAGUCAUACACUCCUCGAAUCUACGGGACUGUCCUCGGUUGGAAGGAAGAAGAGGUCCAGGUGUACGUGGCCAAGGUCAGGAAGGAACUCAAGGAUCCAUCGAUUCAUCUUUAUGCGCCGAUCUACGUGGUUUAUGGAAGGAAGCCCGAGUGA